UCUUCGUGAAAGCAAACCUUCGAACUCUUCUCUUGGUGCUUUUCAACAACUAUUGCUCCAUAUAGUUGCUAAAUGUGAUAUAUCAGCACAAAAAACAUGCUAUCUUCUCCUUGAGAUAGAAGACAGGCUAACUGAUCUUCUUGGGUCAUUUAUCAAAAAUUUAGAAAACUUUUCUAAUGAGAUUGAUGAUGAGGAUGAGCAACCAGAAAUGAAUAAUGGAAAAUUC